UAUCUGUGGAUUUCCAUCACAACAACAAGUAGAUUCUACUCUUGCUGCGCUUGACAAUAAUUUCGAUAUGCUGUGCUGGGAGUCGUGAAUUGAGUCGACUCCCGACACCUUGCUGUAUUCAACUACGGACUCAGUACAUGGAGCUCACGGCGUGCAUGUGGUAGAGUUCUUUGGAGCCAUGGCUCAUCUAAACGACGCUGUAAAAUCCUACUUGAGAUCGUCACAGAAGUUUUGUUUUCACGAUCAGUGGCUGGAGGACUGUAUCGACUGGGCCAAAGAAAGUUUUGGCGAGCAGGCUUCAUCUGCUCGGGGACUGCAGGACUUAGUGCGUGAGCAGUGGUUGUUGGGUGACCUGCGCGACAUCUCACCAGGCUGCCUGCCAGCAUGGCUGCCCCAGUCUCAAGUCGGUGUGUUGUCAGGAACAUAUGCACUUCAGGUGAAUCAGGCAGUUGAUGUUGGUGCAUCGGCAUACUCUCAGCUGGAGAAGUUGAAAGGCAAGGAGAUCAUUGAGGAAGAGCAAAAUGAUAAUAAGCCAUCAAAGAAGGGCUGGGAAGAGAAGCCGAAAGCCAGUCGACUGUUGAUGCUGGAGCUGACUGAUGGUAUUCACACCGUGCGAGGUAUGGAGCACCAUCCGAUCCCUUGUCUUUCCACAGCCAUAUCACCGGGAUGCAAGAUCAGUAUCUCGGGUACCGUACGUGUUCGCCAGGGCACCUUACUGCUACAGGGCAGCAACGUGUCCGUUCUCGGUGGACAGGUGGACGGCUUGGAGGAAGAGAGGGAGCAGAAGCGGGUCUUGGCUGGCAUACUAGGGUUAGAUCCUGCACAACAGCAGCAGCAGCAACAGCAAAAUGCAAGCAAUGCCUUGCAACGCCAGGGUGCAGCGUCGAGUAGCACUGCACAGUCAUCUACCGCCCAGCCCAGCCACGGCAUCGGCCAGUCGGCGACGAAUCAAUCAUCCACGCGUGGAAGCGGGGUUGGCGAUGAGGACAUUGAUGCCGAGGAUAUGGAAGUACUGGAGCAACAGAUUGCCGAAGAGCUUGAUCAGAUCACAGCCCGUGGCAGUAGCAGUAGCAGUGCCCGUGAUCACGAUACUUCCAGAGCAGUCACAGCCAGGGCAUCUAGCCAUGGACCCAGCACGUCGGGUGCCGCUAGAAAUAGUACUGCUUUGGACAGGCAAGGCGCCCGCUCUGUUGGUCAGUCGACCGCUUCAGCGCCUUUGCCACUUGCCGACCGUUUGAGACAUCCGAAAGCUGCUGUGGUUUCCAGUGCACAAAGUACUAUUAGCAGCAGUAGCAACAGUAGACGCACAGCGUAUAACCAUGAUACUGCGGUGGCAUCAUUGGACGAUGAAGAAGCAGAGCUUGCUCUUGCAAUGGCUGCUGAAGCUGACUUUGCCGCCAACCAGCCAUCGCCACAACGAGCACUCUCUUCCACAACUCGAUCACGGCUCACGGCAACAGCAGCGGGGGUGAAGCGAGAGUCACCGGCCUCUCACCAACAGAGGAAGGCAGUAAGUGCAAGUGCAAGCACAACACUGGGUCAAUCGCCCUGGGCUACACCAGAGUCAAGCAGUGUAUCUCGAAAGGUACCCUCGCCUAUCACAAGUAAAGUAGUCAAGACAGAGGCACUGGCUUCAUCGUUAUCGUCAUCGUCUACAGGGGCGAGCAAACACACGACCACGCCGUCAAGGCCCUCAACUGCUCUCAGUACUUCAAGCUCUGGCCUGAAGCGUUUCUCUAAAUCAGGCAUGUCUACUAGCACUCCGGCAGCUAAACGACCCUGCACCAGUGUUUCUCCAAUGGACGAACAUCCGUUCAUCUACCUGAAAACGAUCAAUGACAACUUGCCAAUGUUUGCCAACAAGUCAGUUUGGGUCAAGGCGUUUCUGGGGACACUGACAUCGAAGCUACGCAAUACGGAUGGCUGGUGUGUGCGUGCCAUUCUCAACGAUGGCUCCUCCACGAUGGAGGUAGAGUUUGGCAACGAGAUCUUAGUCAAGCUCAUUGGCUUCACCACCGUGGAACAAAAGGCUCUGUAUGCCCAAGCCAAGCAGAUGAAAAGCCCAGCCAUCAAGUCCAGAGUACUAGAGGGCAUUCAGCGGUGUCAGAGAGUGCUGGCAUCACUCUCUUGUUUCCUGGAGAUCAGCAUUGCACUUGAGCGAGAAUACCCACUCGUGACGCAGAUGAGAGAGGCCAGUAGUCGGGAUGCUGAAAUACUUCUGGACAACAUUCGUGCACGCUUACCAAACAUGUAGUGCAUAAUAGUCCGUUGUUUGUUCUUUUAGUCAUAUUCUGCUUUAUCACAAUUUCCCACCGUUUCACAAAAAAACAGACCAACCAUGUAUGGAAGAGCAGUACAUAUUUACUCCACGCACCAUUUUAUUUCUGCCCGUCCCUUUCCCCGCAUCUUAGUGCCACCCAUGGAGUCCGCAAAUGCAAGAUUCUUACCAAGGAGAUAUGUUUGAUAUCUUUUAAACUCACGAUGGCCUGUGGCCAAUAAGAUAAAUGUUGUUGCUGUUUGUUGUUGUUGCUGUUUGUUGUUGUUGCUGUUUGUUGUUGUUGCUGUUUGUUGUUGUUGCUGUUUGUUGUUGUUUGCUGUUGUUGUUGCUGUAUUCUUACUUACUCUUCUCAGCAGGCCUAAGAAGUGGUGGCACUCCUUAGACCGAAAUAUAUCCUUAACAUUAUGUUCGAAUAUUUU